AUGACCAAGCCAACAGUUCUUGUUCUUGGAGGGCUAGGUUUCAUAGGACGCAAUUUCAUUCCUUAUCUUGUAGAGAAUGAGCUUGCCUCUGAAAUAAGAGUAGUGGAUAAAGUAUUACUUGUAACAACUGCCCUCAAUCCAAGGCAAAAGGAAGCCUUUUCUAAGGUUGAGGUUUGGCAAAGGGACCUUGUCGAUCGUCGUAAGUCGUGUUUUUUUCGUUAUUCCUUGAAAAUGUUGAUUUAUAGUGUUAUAAAGCUUUCAAUUGAAAAUUCCUUUACGCGAACAGACGGAGGUUCAUUUGAUUAUGUCUUUAAUUUAGCAGCUGAAACAAAGUAUUCACAAAUCGAAAAGGUUUAUGAAGAGCGUGUCUAUACUCUGUCCGUCCGAAAUGCAGAGGAAGCUGCUCGAAGAAAUGUCAAGGCAUAUGUGGAAGUUUCGACUGCGGAAAUAUAUCAAUCAGAUAAAGCAUUGGCUGAAAUUGAUCUUUAUGAUAAGAAUCCCAGUAAAGAAGAUGAUAAGGCUAAACCAUGGACGAUGCUGAACCUCGUGAUCUUACGGCCAACUAUAGUUUAUGGUCCAGGCGCAACUAUGGGUUUAACUCCUCGUAUUGUCUGUGGACGAAUUUAUAAAUUAUUAGAUGAAGAGAUGAAAGUCCUUUGGUCUAAGGACCUUAAAAUUAACACUGUUCAUGUAUAUGAUGUAGUACGUGCUUUAUGGCAUGUUGCAACUUGGUAUCAAAACAAUGGUAAGGCCGGUAAAGGACCUUAUAUUUAUAAUUUGGCUGAUUUGGGCAAUACAGACCAAGAACGAAUUAACAAGCAUCUCAGCAACAUCUUCGGUAUAAAGACUGGAUUUCAUGGUGCUAUUACAUCCAAUCUAGCACAGUUGAAUCUUGAUAGUGCAGUAGAAGACAGUAACGACAAGCACAUGGGUCCAUGGACGACAUUCAUAAGGGACAGUAAAAAAAUUAAGAACACGCCGUUGACACCCUAUGUUGACAAGGAACUCCUUUGUAACAACCCUCUAUCCGUCGAUGGAACGAAGAUUACCGUAGAGACUGGUUUCCAAUAUGAAGUUCCGGAAAUUACAGACGAAAAACUCGUGGAGAUGAUUGAAGAUUUUAAAGUUAUAGGAUGGUGGCCGAAAGAAAAUGUUUAA